AUGUUUUCCAGCCCCAGCACGUCCACACCCUUCUCGGUUAAGGAUAUAUUAAACCUGGAGCAGCACACUAGUGCUGAGGAUCUGGUCUCACUGGACAUCGCUCCACGGAUGGACUGUGCCUUACCGACCUCCUCCUGCAUGCUGGCCCGCCUGAAACAGGAGCCGCUCCGGGAGAUGUCGUUUGGAGAGGAGCUCCAUGAGGCUAAAGCCAACAGAAAUACUGCCCUCAACUUCGCCGCUGCCUUCUAUGGGAAAUCUUUCUUAGAAAUGGACAUCAAGGAUGGCAAGACAGACAGCUUUGAGGAGAAAUACAGAAAAGGUAACAGUUUAUAUGAUAUUAGUAUCGAAAUAGCCCUAAGUAGGCCUCUGUGAAAAACAGAUUUUCAUUUACAUUUUAGUCAUUUAGCAGACGCUCUUAUCCAGAGCGACUUACAGUUAGCGAGUGCAUACACUUUCAUACUGGACCCCCGUGGGAAACGAACCCACAACCCUGGCGUUGCAAGCGCCAUGCUCUACCAACUGAGCUACAGGGGACAAUCUAAAAUGUGUAGGCUAAGGAUGAGACAUUUCACAAGUGAUGUAGUAGUAAUGCACUCCUAUAUUAUACCCUUAUUCUGGACUAAGGAGGCCUAAUCUAUUUUACAAUAAAGGAGAAAAUAAAGGAAAGUUGUAAUUGGAGUUUCGAUUGAAUUUUCUCGUCAGGAUACCAAACAGUUCCAUGGAAGUUUGAUUAGAAUUUAGAAAAUAUAGUAAUCACCUUCAUAAUCGACUGAACCCGUUUGACUUUUUGGACUCUAGGAUGUAGGGCAGGCCUAGAAGGUUUGUCUAAUUUCUUAUGUCUGACAUUCUAAACCAAGUCUUGCGUAAAAGCUGAAUUCCUAUUGUUGGGUCCUUUAUACAAUUUAGCAUACUGAAAUAAAAUUAAAUAUUUGUCUUAAUUUAUUCGUUUAUUUCUAUUCCACUAGACAUGUCAUACAUCUCUCAGAGCGAGCCGGUGGAGGACCUGAAGUCAGAGGACCCGGAUCGACCCGCCAAACCCCGGAAGCGCAGGAAGCCGCGCGUGCUGUUCUCACAGGCGCAGGUGUGUGAGCUGGAGCAUCGCUUCAAGCAGCAGAAAUACCUGUCGGCUCCGGAGAGAGACCAUCUGGCCGGGGUGCUCAAACUGACCCCCACACAGGUCAAGAUCUGGUUCCAGAACCGCCGCUACAAGUGCAAGAGACAGCGACAGGACCAGAGCUUGGAGAUGGUCGGUAUCCCGCCGCCGAGACGCAUCUCAGUCCCAGUGCUGGUCCGAGACGGGAAGCCCUGCCUUGGAGACUCGACGACCUAUAAUACUUCAUAUAAUGUGGGCCUUAACCAUUUAACUUAUAACAGUUAUCCAGCGUUCAGUAAUUAUCCCAAUCCUGGCUGUAAUAUGAACCAUGCGUGUAACUAUCCCACAAAUGCGGUGCAGUCUUUCCAGCCCUCACCAAACAACGGGAAUUACAUGAACUUCAGCGUUGGGGAGUUAAAUAACGUUCAAAACACGUUUCCCUCCGGCAAUGGAGUGUCUUCUUUACAUGGCAUCAGAGCGUGGUGA